AUGGCGAUCGAAGUGUUCCCCGACAGCCCGAGCGCCGCCGGCAUCAGCCCUCGCAUCUCCUUCUCCCACGAUCUCUCCCAAUCCGACGUCGUUCCGAUCGAGCAGUACAUUCGCUCCGGCGCCUCCUCCUCCUCCAUCGAUUUCGACUUCUGCGUCUUCCGCGAGAGCUUCGACCAGGAAUCCUCCUCCGCCGACGAGCUCUUCUUCGACGGCAAGAUCCUCCCCAUCCAAAUCAAAAAACGCCUCGCUCCGCCGCCCUUGCCGCCUUCUCCACUUCCCCCGCCGCCUCCCCCGCCUCCAAAAUCCGCCGAAUCGGAAGAGAAGCACAAGUCCUUCUGGCGGUUUAAGCGCAGCUCCAGCUUGAACUGCGGCAGCGGCUACGGCCGGACUCUCUGCCCGCUGCCGCUCCUCUCCAGAAGCAAUUCCACGGGAUCCACCGCCAGCGGUAAGCGCUCCUCCAUCUCGACCAGUCAGAAGCAAAAUCUACUGAAAAGCAAUUCAUCGCAGAAGCCGCAGGCGCAGUCCGGUUAUUCGUCAAAGCCGCCGUUGAAGAAGAGCGGCCAAUUUUCUCACGCCGGCGGGAUUAAAUUCAGUCCGGUUUUGAACGUUCCUCCGGCUAAUCUCUUUGGCCUCGGCUCAAUAUUUUCCGGCGGCGGCAAGGAGCGGAGCAGGAAGAAGUAUUGA